AUGUUUCUCCGUCCUUUUAUAUACCUCGCUCUUUUCCCACCUCUCCUUGAAAUGCACCUCCUCCCAGCCAAUCUCCACCGCCGUCACUCCCCGUCUCGCUCCCCAGCUCCCUCUCGUACCGGCAUCAACAACACAUUCCCCCGCUCACACCCAAGCACAGCCAUCUCCACCCUCACCGCAGGUGCCAUCUCCUCAGCAUCGCUACCACACCACAACACCAGCAGCGUCCACACCCACGCCAACGGCAGCAGCACCAGCGGCACGAAAAUCACGCAUAGCGGGGGCACAGUCCUCCAGCGCCUCGCCUCCCUCUUCCACCCCCGCAAAAAGCGCGCUCCGUCCCCCCUCCCUCCCAGCUCCCGCUCCCACUCCCCCGCCUCCACCGCCUCCUCCGAUAUCCGCAGACCAAGCGGGCUAGGACACAGAGCAUCCUCUCUCGAGUCGACCCUCUCUUUCACUCCCCACGAACACGGACACGGAUGCGAAGGACAAGGGCAGGGUGGACGUGGAGGUGGACGCGCAUGUGAGCUUGGGAAGGGAGCUGUGUCCUAG